GCCGCAGCCAUUUCUGAAGGCCUGGACCCUCUCCACUUGCUGGAUAUCCUGCAAGUACUUUGGACAAAGAAAGAGAUUCAUGAGCUCCCAGAAGCAGCGAGGCGAGGAUUUGCUUCUCUCACUGACCCACUGGAAGGGCUCCUGGUCAUGUUGGAGAACUGCCAUGACUGGAGGAACUGGAGGAAGGGAAAGCCACAGUCCCUGGCACAUUACAUCAUCGACCAGUUCUGCAAUUGGAUCAAAGACGAUGGCAGAGUCCAGCAGAUCUUGAAGUCAGCCAAGCUGCAAGCGAGAGUGUUCUCUUUGCUCACGGAGGUUCCUGCAAACAUGCUGGAUCAGCUGGCCAGCCUGUAUGAAGUGGACAAGGCUGACAAAUCCUCCCAACUUGGUCUGAUCAAUAAUCUAUGCAUCAAGGGCAAAUACAAAGAGGCUGCCUUGCUGAGUAUAAAGUUGGACCUGCAGCCAGAGGUGGAUAUGGAGCAGGUCUGCAUUCCACUCCUGCUUCAGGAUAAAGUGAACCUGGUCGAGGCCUAUAUAGCUGACUAUCCAGGACUACAGUGUGACUUGUUGCAGCUGCUGGAUUCUUGGUGCCAAUUGACAGUCAACAUUGCAGACAUCCAAAGGCGUUAUGGAAAACUGUCUCAUCUAAGAUGGAAUAAAUUGAAUCGGAAAGCUUUGAGUAAACUAGUGAUCAGACUGAUGGAGCUUUAUGACAUUAACCCAGAACUCUGUCCAAAUGUUGUGAACCAGCGCCAAGUGGCUACCAUCAAAUACCUCUUGUAUAAACGCUUUAUAGAGAGAAGUAUGAGCGAAGAGAACUGGUCAGAACACAUUGAGGCUGUAGUGGGAUAUAAACCGCAGCUUCGGCUGCAGUUUGUGACCUUACUGGAAAGACACACAGAUAUGGACACAGUUGCGAGCUGGGCCCUGAGGCUCAGUGUGCCACGAGAAAAAUUACCAUAUUACAUCGCUGAACGACUGGAGAAAGUCAAAGCGAUGGGUUUAGAGAACCGUUGUGUGGAGGAGAGUACGGAGGAGAUACAGAACAAGAGGAAGUUCUACUAUCAGUUGCCAAUUCCAACAGAGUGUAUUCACUUCCUGGACCACUUGGAUCAGUUGAAACACUGUGCAGCCCGUGUGUUACAGGCUGGUGGCGUUGUAGGGAUCGAUAUGGAAUGGAGGCCCACAUUUGGAAUGUUAACUCGUUCCCGAGUGUCUCUCAUACAGAUUGCGACGAAGAACUGUGUGUAUCUUCUGGACUUGCCUCAGCUUGUGAACCAGUCUGAAUCAGAGUGUCGGCGAGCCGAACUCACCUACUUUAUUCAAACUCUAUUCACUGAUCAAACCAUAACAAAACUAGGUUACGCUACAACAGGGGAUUUACGGACUCUGUCUACAGCCUACCCAAUGUUAAAGGAUGUGGUGCAGCACACGGCAGGAGUAUUGGACCUUUUAAAUGUGCACAGAGAGCUACAGAAAGUGCCAAUUCGAAGACGGGACAGAAACCGAAGUGUGGAAGUGCUGGUGUCAGAGGACGGUGUAGACUCUGGAAACAGCCACGUUGAAAAGGGGCUUAGUCUCCUUGUGCAGAGUGUGCUGGGGAAAUCACUGGAUAAGACGGAGCAGCUAAGUAACUGGGAGAGACGACCUCUCCGGCCCCAGCAGAUCAUUUAUGCAGGUGAGCAGCUCCUGUUACAACGUGAGAAAGACUUUUGA